UUCGUAUUCGAUAAUAGCGAUUGGGAUACCGAAGUAUCGAUUGGGAUACCAAAAUACUUAGGGAUUGGGAUUGGGAUACCGAAAUUAUUUAAGGAUUGGGAUUGGGAUUGAGUUUAGGGUGUAAUUCGGUAUUCGAGAUUUCGGUAUUUGGUAUUGGGAUACUGAUAUCGUACCAAUUUUCACCCCUAACUGUCGGUUACCACUGUUUUCAUAAUCAACUAUCUAGUUAGAUUGAUUUUAGUAUAUUUUAGAUGUAUGGAUUCAUGCAAGUUACCUAACAUGAAAUAAUAUCCAAGUUACUGUAAGAGAUCCCAAUAUAUUUUUAGUUUUUCAUUACUCAAAUUUCUUUUAUUUUUUGUUCUUUUGAUUUUCCUAUUCGAAACUGAAUCGAAUUGUUGCACAAACCUCUUAAUUUUCUGCCAUGCUCAUAUGUUAACGAUGUUAAAUGGAUUAAUUUUAAUACACGACUAAACAUCACUCUAAACAUCACUCUAGUGGCAAGAGUUCUUAAAGCGCGCUAUUUUCCCCACUGUGACAUCAUGGAAGCCGAGCUGGGAAGCAACCCGAGCUAUAUCUGGCGAAGUAUUAUGGCUGCUAAACCCCUGAUGAAGGAGGGGUUAAGAUGGCGAGUGGGUAAUGGAGAACAGGUAAGGGUGUGGUGGGACAAAUGGAUUCCAAGUAGCCCAAAUUUCCAAGUGGAAUCCCCGGUGGCAAACCUUGGUCUACAAGCAAAAGUGGCUGAGCUAAUCGAUCAUAAUACGAGGAGUUGGAAGAGCAAUGUCCUACAAGCUAACUUUAACCCUCAGGACAGAAGAAGAAUCAAUCAAAUUCCAAUUCCAAGAGUGCAGGAAUCAGAUGUGCGUGUCUGGGGGUGGGAUAAGCUUGGGAAUUACUCGGUAAAAUCAGGCUACCAUGUCUGGAGAAAGAAGAAGCUAGAGGGGUUGGGGGAAAGAUACAUCCCAGUGGACUGGAAGAGACUAUGGCAGCUACAGCUUCCACCGAAAGUUCGAGUUUUCCUAUGGAAAUGGGGGAGCAAUAUUCUACCCACAGGAGCAAAUCUAUCGAAAAGAAUCAGAGAGGCCUGCGACGAAUGUCCCUUUUGUGGAUUGCGCGAAACCCAGGAACACAUCCUCAGGGAUUGCGAUUGGGCAGGGAGAAUUUGGCGGCCAAGCGCUUUGGGUACUUUAUUUGCAGAAGGGGCGGAGAAAUCCAGUGAGGAAUGGCUGUGUGAUUUAAUCGGCAAGGUUUCAGACGACGAGUUAUGUUCGGUGGUAAUGGCUCUAUGGUUUAUAUGGAAAGAGCGCAACAAUCAAUACUUUAACAAUCCAAAGAUGGAGGAAAAUGAAGUUAUGGCCAGGGCGGAGGCGUACCUGGACGAAUUCCGGUUGGGUGUGGCGGUCGAAGGUCCGGCGAGAGUUCCCCGGCGAGAGGUGAGAUGGGAGAAACCUGAGAGGAACCUCCUAAAGGCAAAUGUCGAUGCAUCCAAAUUAAAAGAGGGAGGAACUGGAUUGGGACUGGUGGUGCGUGAUGAAGAGGGUCGAGUGGCCCUGGCGGCGGCACGGAGGACGCGAGUCGACUGGGAGCCGGAGAUGGCGGAAGCUCAUGCAAUUCUCUGGGCACUCGAUCUGUUGCAGACUCACGCUCCUCGACCAACCCUAAUUGAGUCGGACUGCAAAUCGCUGAUUCAGAAGCUAGACCGACAGGGGAACAUUGAAACCGAGCUGGGGGUUAUAGUGAAGGAGAUUAGAGAGAAGUGCUCGGAAAGAGGAGACGUUUGCUGGAGAUUUUGGGGAAGAGGGGGAAAUGCUGCUGCACAUGAAAUGGCAAGGGUGAAAUGCAGAUGGGAAGAAACUGAGCUGUGGCUGGGGAGCCCCCCAAUUUUCAUCCUCAAUGUUCUAGAGAGGGACUGUAAUGGCACUUUGCCAGUUUAAAUAAUAAUAUCCAGAUUUCUUUUCAAAAAAAAAAAAAAAAUGAGAAAUGACUUGUUCUCUUAAAACAAAAUAAAAAUUACAAAACAAACAUACUCUACGCCUACAGAUCCUACGUUUUUGUCCUCUGCCUGAAAAAGAAAGAAAAAAAAAGAAAACAUACGACGACGUCUCUUCUCCCCACCGCUGGCGACCCAUAGUCAGAGGUGCCUCGGGAUCAAGUGUUUUAGGUUGUCCUUCAUUAUAAUUACAACAAUGACUCUAUUUGGGACGUUGUCGAACCAACAAGGUUUACCGGUGGGAUAUGCAGCAAUGGUUAACAACAGAUCUGGAACGAAAUCCUAAAAGCAUGAUUCAUUUCAUUAUAGCAUUACAAUAUAUAUGGAUGUUCUAGUACUACCAGAUAACAUUGGCCAGCUGCUAACAAGUACAUGUUUGUUGUUUACUUGAAAGGGAAAUAACUACUGACUUGAACGAAAAGGAAAUAGAGCCUUCAAAAAAGCAGAACGACACUGUGGGAAGCAAACGGUGCGUAUUAACGAAAAUCAAGGCUGCAAAAAAUGAAACGAUGUGUUCCACUCGUCUUCUCCACUAAACAUCACGAAGGGAGGGAUAUCCGUUGCAAAUAAAUUGAAAUUUCAAUGUGCCAGCUCUGUUACCCUCCUCUCCCCUCCGCAAGCUAGUGGGCAUAGAUUAUGCUCACCAAGCUUCGAGAAAAGUUGAAGAAAAGGAGUUGGUGACAGGGCUUGGUGAAUAGAUUGGCGAGCUGGUGGGUGGAAGAUACAUGGAUAAAUUUAAGAACCCUGGAUUGGAGUUUCUCUCGCACGAGGUGACAAUGCAACUCAAUGCUUCGUGCGUUCGUUGAAAGUUGGAUUCUGGGCAAUGUAGAUGGCACUAUGAUUGUCGCAGUAUAUGAGAGCAGGCUUGGGGUGAUCAACCUGAAAAUCACGAAGUAGAUAAAGAAGCCAUUGGACUUCACAGGCAGUGUAAGCUAAAGCGCGAUACUCGGCCUCACAAAAAGAACAAGAAAUCGCCUUCUGUUUUUUGCUCUUCUAGGAGAUUAAGGAGUCUCCAAGGUAAACACAAUAACCUAUGAUUGAGCGGCGUGUGUCAACAUAGGCAACCCAAUAUGAAUAUGUGAAUGCUUUUAAUCGAAGAGAACCAUGGCUUGGGAGAAAAAGACCAGUAGCAGGGGCUAUCUUGAGAUAUCUCAAAAUGUGCAAGACAGCCUUGUAGUGAAUAACACUGAGAUUAGACAUGUAUUGACUAAGUUGUUGGGUUGCAAAACUGAUAUAUGGCUGAGUGGUGGUGAGGUAAAUGAGCUUCCCAACUAAGGUUUUGUAGUGUUCAGGGUAUUCAUAGGAAGUAUCAACAUCACUUGUAAGAUGCAAUUUGUAAUCCACAGUAGUUGAAACCAAUUUAGAAUCCAGAACAUUUGCGUCUUCAAGAAUUCCUAAUGUGUGGUUUCUUUGUGACAAACGAAUCCCUUUUUUGUUUAUGGAAACUUCAAUUCCUAAGAAGAAUCUCAGAACUCCCAAAUCCUUGAUACUGAAAGCAUAAUGAAGAACCUGUUUGAGUGACUGAAUUUUGGUAAGAUCAUUUCCUCCAACAAUCAAAUCAUCGACAUAGAUGAGAAUACAUGUGUAGGUAGAAUCAGUAGCUUUGUAGAACAAAGAAUGAUCAACCAUACUUUGUAUGUAUCCAACUAUCUGUAAUAUGUCUGUGAGAUUGGAAAACCACUGGCGUGAUGCCUGUUUUAGACAAUAAAGGGACUUCCUUAGG